CCCAAACACCCUUAAGGCCUAACAUUCACUGGAGGUUGUCAAGCAAACAAUAGUUGUAACUUCUAACUGGUUCCCUCGACAAAAAGAGCGGGAUAUCAACUUUUUCAACCAAAUUCUGGUAAAAUACAUCGUAAUGUGCUCAAAUGGAGGCACCCUUUAGUCCAAUUAUUAAGAAAAUUGCUGAAGAAGUUGUCGCUUCACCAAAGCGCAGCUUCACUCGUCCUACAGAGAUUUGUCUUGUAGAAUGGUGGCUUUCAAAACCUGAAGGUGGUAAGGGUUUAGCUGUAAGCGGUCGUCCAGCUGAGUUCAGAAAAUCCGAUAAUGCUCAGCGGAAAUUUCAUUCUGCUCCUGGUAAGAGGAGAUAUGCGUCAAGAGAAUUCCACUCUAGAGAAAUUAUGAAGAGGCAUGGUUGUACCACACUCGAGACCUUUGAUGGUUUUAUAGUUUCUCUAUGUGGAUUUAUAAACAAGUCUCUCACGCAACAAAAUGGAUUUUCCUCUGAGGUUUGCAGGGAUUUCAUGUUUGGAUUUCCUUAUAAUUGGGAUGAUUAUGCUGCAUCUGUGGGUGAAGAAUCCAGUCAAGUUAACCUCGAAGAGUUUAGUGAGUCCUUCCUGCCCGCUGCAUUGGAUGUCUACAAUGGUGCGCAGUUGCAUGACUUGGUGUUAUCUCUGUCUGAUGCUGAAAGAGAUCUGUUCAACAGAAAAAUGUAUGACAACCUGGUCGGAAUGCUGAGCCCACAACCUCUGGAUGGAGUUGAUGCUCAACUUUCAAACUCUACUCCAUCUCAAGUUGAUGUGGGUGUUUUACACUCUGAAUCUCAGAGGACAGAGAAUAGCAAGAAGCGGCAUAGGAAUGCCUUAUCUGACACUUCUCCUAAACAAAAAUCCAGUAAAAGGAUCAAAUGAUGGUUGUUUAUGUGAUCCAGAAGUUAUGAUGAAUACUGAAGAACAUAUGCAAGUUCCGACUGCUCAUGCAGGACUCACGAAAGAAGAAGAAAAACGUGAUUGUAUAUUUGUAUGUGCACUGGCUUGAUGGAAAUUUCAUCCACCCCUUUUUUCAUCAUCUUUGCCUCAAACACCAAUUGAAAAAUGCAGCAUAUAUGCAGAUUUCUUUGGCUCCAAGUCACUCAAGAUUGGUUGGUGACUAACAUGUGAUGCUGUAGGUAAAAUGGGCUUAGGAUUAGUAAGCAAAGCAUCAGGUUGUACUAUAUUUAGAGAAGAAGUUGACACUAAAGAUUGAAAAUUUGGCAUUAAACACUUCAAUGGUUCUUCUGCAUUAAGAACCUUGUUCUUGGCUACUGUUGAAUACUUGUUCUUGAAUGACAGUUGAUUUAGACAUUUUAUCGAACA